AUAGCAUCAUGAUGAUAGGAUCUUCCUUUCUCAAGAGAAUAUGUUAUCUGUCUUUCUUUUCCGUUAAAAGAAUAUACAUAUACAAUAAUACAUACAUCCUGUUGAUGGUUACCGCCUCGUCUGACUAAUAUACAGGACUUCCCAAAGGAGCCUAGUGGUUCGACAUCCCCAGCGCCUCAGAAAACGGCAACCAAACAAUCUCUCGAGUCCAGAAAGAAGGCGCCGUUCGAUCUCUUGCUCUGAGCUCAUCUUUUGGAGAGAUUUACUUCUUGAAAUCUGGGGGGGUUGUCUCUCUUCCCUUCUCAUUCGCCCUUCCUCUUCUUCGCAACCCACAAGACUACUACCAUUUACCCCUCCUCUCUUCACAGUCACCCCGCUAUGCCUCCUUAUUCUGCUGCUCAGAAGCAGCAAAUAGCCCAGUUUGUCAAUUUCACUCAAGCAAAGGAUACAGUAGCUACAAAGUUUCUGAGGCAGACCAGAUGGAAUGUAGAGGAAGCAAUUGAUGCCUUCUUCCAAAGCCCCCAGGGCCAAGGAGGAAUCACCACCGCAGUCAACCAGAUCUUCGACACAUAUCGAGAAUCCCCAGAAGACAACCCAGAUGGCAUCGGCAUCGAAGGCGCCAUCCGGUUCCUAGGAGAUAUCCAAGUAGAGCUGGACGAAGUGGCCUGUCUCGCCAUCGCAGAGCUACUCCAGUGCCCUUCUAUGGGUGAAUUCACGCGCGAGGGUUUCCUAAACGGUUGGCGAGGCGUCGGCUGCGACACAAUUGAAAAAAUGGCCACCCACGCCGCAAACCUCCGCGCACGUAUCCCGCUAGAACCCGCACUCUUCCGGCGCGUAUACCGCUUCACAUUCCCCCUGUGUCUUGUACAAGGGCAGCGCAACCUGCAGUUCGAGAUCGCCGCCGAGCAAUGGAAGCUCCUCUUUACGCCAGGAAAGGGUGGGAUCCAGUGGACCACGCAGACCUCGCCGUGGCUGAACUGGUGGAUUGAGUUUCUGGAGGGCCGUGGCAAACGACCCGUGAAUAAGGAUCUGUGGCAGCAGGUAGAGGUGUUUAUGCGUAAGACGCAGGAGGAUGAGGCCUUUGGGUGGUGGAGUGUGGAUGGCGCGUGGCCGGGAGCGUUAGAUGAUUUCGUGGCGUGGGUGAAAGAGAAGAGGGGGAAAGGCGGCGAGGAUAUGGAGGUUGAAUAGUAGUUGUGCGAGCUUGGUUAUCCUACCUUUACGUAUGACCUAUUAACGAACUUUUGUGUGUCUCCCUCCCCUCCUUCAUGGUUUCUACUUUCAUCCAAUCUCUCGAGAACGGUCACCUGAAAUCCUAGUACUCCUAGUUGCGAUCGGUCGCAUUGAAAGGGGGCUAUUACUACUAGAUUGAUUGGUAUUAUAAAUUCCCAGUAUGUAUGUAGUAGUAUGUAGAGCCAGAUUAAGACAAAACAGAGAAGAACCAUUCAUCAUAAG